UCUGACUCUCCGCUGUCCUGGCCCGCCCUCGCUCGUUCGUUUGAUUUACGGGACGUCCUACGCCCGCCGCUCUCGUUCGGCCUCUACGGCCGGGCCCGCCUCCAUUGUUCGGGGCUGAUCCGCCUGAGAGUGAGGGAGUGAAUGGCAGCAGGCCUUUACUUCGGCGGCCUUCACGAUUUCGCCUUGGACGGCCUCUUAAGUUGUGCUGCUCCAGAAGAAGCCAAGACGAACUUAAGAACAGAUCGACCGAGAAAGAGAGAGAGAAAGGGAGAAAGAGAGAGAAGGAGAGAUUCAUUUGAGAAUUCCGAGUGUCAUCGUCAGCUCGAAGGUGUGAACCAUUGAUCGUUCGGGGCCACCGACCCGCCUGUGAGGGUUGACCGAUUGUUGUCUGGCGCGGGUGGUUGACUUCCUUGGGUUGGGUGAGUUGGGCAUCGGGCAGAAUGGCGAAGCGGGAUCAAAUACUGACCAUUGAUCCGCCCAAUGAGUUGGCCUUUCACGGUCCGUUCACAUCGGCCGUGUCUUCGGUGAUGAAGUUGGGCAAUCCCUCCGAACACAAGAUCUGUUUCAAAAUCAAGACCACGGCGCCCAAGCGUUAUUGCGUCAAACCCAAUUCCGGCGUCAUCGAUCCCAAGGAGACGGUUCAGAUCUUUGUGAGCUUGCAACCUUUCGAGUUUGACCCGGCUGACAAGAACCGGCACAAGUUUAUGGUCCAGGCCAUGAUUGCUCCGGAUGGCGAGAUCAACCAGGAUACUUUGUGGAAAGAAACGGAUCCGAAUUUGUUGAUGGACUCCAAGUUGAAGUGCUUAUUUGUUAUGCCUCCUUCGGAUGAAGCCAAUCACCAUCAAGGCGAGGAUAAAAACGAGUUCCAAGCCGCCGUUUCAGCUAAAUCCUCGAUCCCACCGUCGCCUAAGGCCGGUGGGAACGACCAUCAUAUGAUGAAAUCCAUUGAAGAAGUCAAGAAACUUCAAGAAGAAGUGAGCACGCUGAGACAGGAAAAUAUUCAGCUCAAGGAAGAUGCACUUCGCCUGAAGCGAUUGGCCACCCGCAACCCUGAUUCCGAUCUUCCAUCCGGAGGUUUCGGUUCUUCAUCGACUGCUUCUUCCUCGGGCUUCUCCUCAACUCAAGUCACGGCUACCAAUCCCAAUGCCAAUGCCUUGUCCACGGCCUACUUGUAUUUGGCGAUCCUGGUGUUGAUCUUGGGUGUGAUACUCGGCAAGUGGAUUCUCUAGAUGAAAACAAAUGUCAACCAACCCCCUUGGGAUCCCUGCUACCCCCGCCGGCAGAGCCUCAACAAGUACUUUUCCGUUCUCCUCCCUCAAAUUCUAUCAUAGCGGAACAUCACCACCAACAAGAACAACAACAGCAAGACGAGGAACAGGAGGAUGAAGAAACAGUUAAAAAGAGAAGAUAUGGACGCAUCCAAUUUUCAAUGAAAGAUCGAUCGAUUGAACGUACGAGCGAACGGGUCUUGUUGCGUGAGUGUAAGUUUAAGAGAAAAAUAUCCCCCCCCCAAAAAAAAAAUAUCCGAAAGGUGACGAAGAGGAAGAAAAGAAAAGCGCUAGUAAUAUGUUGAUUCAUGAGAAGUUCUCUCGUCCUGGUUUCUCUCACCAAAAUAUUGUUUGAUAUAAUUUGCCCGUGCUGCCAAAACCUCGCCGAUAUCGUUGACUCUGAUUUGUUAUCCCAUCACAUUCUCCCUCCUCUCUGGAUCGACAUGGUUAUCCUUUGAAACACUGGCUUUUUGUAAGUUUUUAUUUUUGUUCCAAAUUCCAGAUCCUUCUGCCUCAAAAUCUUCUCGUUUAUUUGGUUCUCUAUCCAUUUUCCCCCCCCCGAACCGUUCUUGUAACCUUUGAAUUUAAUUCACGACUCCCACCCCGGCCUUUUUCGUCCACACAAGUCCGAAUAUAUUGUUCAGAAGUCCAGAUUAUAAACGGCAAACAGGUCGCUAUCUACGACGAUCUGGUCGAUUCCUAGGAACUGAAAUAAACAAAACUACUUUCCAAUCACUGCAACUCGACACGUU